AUGGUGAAGAGGAAGAGCUCCGAGGGCCAGGAGCAAGACAGCGGCCGCGGCAUCCCCCUGCCCAUCCAGACCUUCCUGUGGCGGCAAACCAGUGCAUUUUUGAGGCCUAAACUGGGGAAGCAAUAUGAAGCCUCUUGUGUGUCCUUUGAACGAGUGUUGGUGGAAAAUAAGCUGCAUGGCCUCUCUCCAGCCCUCUCUGAAGCCAUCCAGAGCAUUUCCAGAUGGGAGCUGGUACAAGCUGCUUUGCCUCAUGUGCUCCACUGCACUGCAACCCUGCUUUCAAACAGGAACAAGUUGGGCCAUCAAGAUAAGCUGGGAGUUGCUGAGACAAAGCUUCUUCAUACUCUGCACUGGAUGCUCCUAGAGGCCCCCCAGGACUGCAACAGUGAGCGUUUCAGUGGCACAGACCGAGGCUCGAGCUGGGGUGGCAGCAGCAGCGCUUUCAUUCACCAGGUUGAAAAUCAGGGUUCUCCAGGGCAGCCUUGCCAAAGCAGCUCCAAUGAUGAAGAAGAGAACAAUCGCAGGAAGAUCUUCCAGAACUCCAUGGCUACUGUGGAGCUCUUUGUGUUCCUGUUUGCCCCUCUUGUACACAGGAUUAAGGAAUCCGACCUCACCUUCCGGCUGGCCAGUGGACUUGUUAUAUGGCAGCCCAUGUGGGAGCACAGACAACCUGAAGUCUCUGGCUUCACAGCACUGGUAAAACCCAUCAGGAACAUUAUCACAGCCAAGAGAAGUUCUCCUAUCAACAGUCAAAGUCAGACCUGUGAAUCACCAAAUCAAGACACAAGGCACCAAGAGGGACUCCAGGUGGUCUGUGAAACAUUCCAGCCAGAUUCCAUCUCGCCCAAGGCCACCAUUUCAGGCUGCCACCGAGGAAACUCUUUUGAUGGAAGUCUGUCUUCCCAAACUUCCCAGGAAAGAGGUCCAUCACAUUCCAGGGUGUCUCUUGUGAUACCUCCAUGCCAAAGGUCCCGCUACGCUACCUACUUCGACGUUGCUGUUCUUCGCUGCCUGCUCCAACCACACUGGUCUGAGGAGGGCACUCAGUGGUCUCUGAUGUACUAUCUACAAAGACUGCGACACAUGUUGGAAGAGAAGCCAGAAAAGCCUCCAGAGCCAGAUAUCCCUCUCCUGCCCAGACCCAGGAGUAGCUCAAUGGUGGCAGCUGCACCCUCACUGGUGAACACCCACAAAACUCAAGAUCUCACCAUGAAAUGUAAUGAAGAGGAAAAAUCUCUAAGCCCUGAGGCCUUUUCCAAGGUUUCACUAACCAAUUUGCGUAGGUCUGCAGUUCCAGAUCUUUCUUCAGACCUGGGCAUGAACAUUUUUAAGAAGUUCAAGAGCCGCAAAGAAGACCGGGAGAGGAAAGGCUCUAUUCCAUUCCACCACACGGGGAAGAGGAGGCCACGAAGAAUGGGAGUGCCAUUCCUGCUUCACGAGGACCACCUGGAUGUGUCUCCCACUCGCAGCACCUUCUCCUUUGGAAGCUUCUCUGGACUCGGAGAAGACAGGAGAGGCAUUGAAAAAGGAGGCUGGCAAACCACCAUUUUAGGGAAAUUGACCCGGCGGGGAAGUUCAGAUGCAGCCACGGAGAUGGAGAGCCUGAGUGCCAGGCACUCCCACUCCCAUCAUACGCUGGUGAGUGACCUGCCAGACCACUCCAACAGCCACGGAGAAAACACCGUCAAAGAAGUACGAUCCCAGAUCUCCACGAUAACGGUUGCAACCUUCAACACCACAUUGGCAUCAUUCAAUGUAGGCUACGCAGACUUCUUCAGUGAGCACAUGAGGAAGCUCUGCAACCAGGUGCCCAUCCCAGAGAUGCCACAUGAACCCCUGGCAUGUGCAAACCUUCCUCGAAGCCUUACAGACUCCUGCAUAAACUACAGCUACUUGGAGGACACAGAACACAUUGAUGGGACCAGUAACUUUGUCCACAAGAAUGGCAUGCUUGAUCUUUCUGUGGUUCUGAAGGCUGUUUAUCUUGUCCUCAACCAUGACAUCAGCUCUCGAAUCUGCGAUGUGGCACUAAACAUUGUGGAAUGCUUGCUUCAACUGGGUGUGGUGCCCUGUGUAGAAAAGAACAGAAAGAAGAGUGAAAACAAGGAAAAUGAGGCUAUGGAAAAGAGACCAAGUCAGGGGACUUUCCAGUUCAAAGGAGUCUCUGGAAGUUCUUCCUGUGGAUUUGGGGGCCCUUCAGUUAGUGGAGCUGGAGAUGGUGGAGGAGAAGAAGGAGGAGGUGGAGAUGGAGGAGGUGGAGGAGGUGAUGGAGGAGGAGGUGGAGGUGGCCCUUAUGAGAAGAAUGAUAAGAACCAAGAGAAGGAUGAAAGCACUCCUGUAAGCAACCAUAGGCUUGCCCUAACCAUGCUCAUCAAAAUAGUGAAGUCUUUGGGAUGUGCCUAUGGUUGUGGAGAAGGACACCGAGGGCUCUCUGGAGAUCGUCUGAGACACCAGGUAUUCCGAGAGAAUGCCCAGAACUGCCUCACUAAGCUAUACAAGCUAGAUAAGAUGCAGUUCCGACAAACCAUGAGGGACUAUGUGAACAAGGACUCUCUCAAUAAUGUAGUGGACUUCUUGCAUGCUUUGCUAGGAUUUUGUAUGGAACCAGUCACUGACAACAAGGCUGGGUUUGGAAAUAACUUCACCACAGUGGACAACAAAUCCACAGCCCAGAAUGUGGAGGGCAUUAUCGUCAGUGCCAUGUUUAAGUCCCUCAUCACACGCUGUGCUUCCACCACACAUGAGCUGCACAGCCCUGAGAAUCUGGGGCUGUACUGCGACAUUCGUCAGCUGGUCCAGUUUAUCAAAGAGGCUCAUGGGAAUGUCUUCAGGAGAGUGGCCCUCAGCGCUUUGCUUGACAGUGCCGAAAAAUUAGCACCAGGGAAAAAGGUGGAGGAGAAUGAACAGGAAUCUAAGCCUGCAGGCAGUAAAAGGUCUGAGGCAGGAAGCGUUGUGGACAAAGGCCAGGUGCCCUCUGCACCUGAAGAAUGCCGCAGCUUCAUGUCUGGUCGCCCGUCUCAGACUCCAGAGCACGAUGAGCAAAUGCAAGGGGCCAACCUGGGGCGGAAGGAUUUCUGGCGCAAGAUGUUCAAAUCCCAGAGUGCAGCAAGUGAUACCAGCAGCCAGUCUGAGCAGGACACUUCAGAAUGCACCACUGCCCACUCCGGGACCACUUCCGACCGGCGCGCCCGCUCACGGUCCCGCAGAAUUUCCCUGCGGAAGAAGCUAAAACUCCCCAUAGGAAACUGGCUGAAACGAUCCUCCCUCUCCGGCCUGGCAGAUGGCGUUGAGGACCUCCUCGACAUCAGCUCUGUGGAUCGCUUAUCUUUCAUCAGACAAAGCUCCAAGGUCAAAUUCACCAGUGCUGUGAAGCUUUCUGAAGGUGGGCCAGGGAGUGGAAUGGAAAAUGGAAGAGAAGAGGAGGAGAAUUUCUUCAAGCGCCUUGGUUGCCACAGUUUUGAUGACCAUCUGUCACCCAACCAGGAUGGUGGAAAAAGCAAAAAUGUGGUGAAUCUCGGAGCAAUCCGACAAGGCAUGAAGCGCUUUCAAUUUCUGUUGAACUGCUGUGAACCAGGGACAAUUCCCGAUGCAUCCAUCCUGGCGGCUGCCUUGGAUCUAGAAGCCCCAGUGGUGGCCAGAGCAGCCUUGUUCCUGGAAUGUGCCCGUUUUGUUCAUCGUUGCAACCGUGGCAACUGGCCAGAGUGGAUGAAAGGACAUCACGUGAACAUCACCAAGAAAGGCCUGUCCCGGGGAAGAUCUCCCAUUGUGGGCAACAAGCGCAACCAGAAGCUUCAGUGGAAUGCUGCCAAGCUCUUCUACCAAUGGGGAGACGCAAUUGGCAUCCGUUUGAAUGAGCUGUGUCAUGGGGAGAGUGAGAGCCCAGCCAAUCUACUGGGUCUCAUUUAUGAUGAGGAGACCAAGAGAAGACUGAGAAAGGAGGAUGAGGAGGAAGACUUUUUAGAUGACAGUACUGUGAAUCCCUCUAAAUGCGGUUGUCCCUUUGCCUUGAAGAUGGCAGCAUGCCAGCUUCUCCUGGAGAUCACCACCUUCCUGAGAGAGACCUUUUCAUGCCUACCGAGACCUCGCACUGAGCCUUUAGUGGACUUGGAGAGCUGCCGACUCCGUUUGGAUCCUGAGUUGGACAGGCACAGAUAUGAGAGGAAGAUAAGCUUUGCUGGGGUGCUGGAUGAAAAUGAAGACUCAAAAGAUUCUCUCCAUAGCAGCAGCCACACUCUCAAAUCAGAUGCAGGUGUUGAGGAGAAGAAAGUUCUCAGCAGGAAGAUCAGGAUAGGAGGUUCUCGCCUGCUCCAGAUUAAAGGAACCCGCAGUUUCCAGGUGAAGAAGGGGGGUUCCUUGUCCAGCAUUCGCCGAGUCGGCAGCUUAAAGAGCAGCAAGUUAUCACGGCAGGACUCAGAGUCUGAGGCUGAGGAGCUGCAGCUGUCCCAGAGCAGGGACACUGUCACUGACCUAGAAGGGAGUCCUUGGAGUGCAAGUGAGCCCAGCAUUGAGCCAGAGGGAAUGAGUAAUGCCGGCACAGAGGAAAAUUACCACAGGAACAUGUCAUGGCUUCAUGUUAUGAUCUUGCUAUGCAAUCAGCAAAGCUUCAUCUGCACUCAUAUUGACUACUGCCACCCACACUGCUACCUUCACCACAGCCGCUCCUGUGCCCGGCUGGUGAGGGCAAUUAAACUGCUCUAUGGAGACAGCGUGGAUUCCCUCCGGGAGAGCAGCAAUAUCAGUAAUGUGGCCCUCCGGGGCAAGAAACAAAAAGAGUGCUCAGAUAAAUCAUGUCUGAGGACACCUUCUCUGAAGAAAAGGGUUUCAGAUGCCAAUCUGGAAGGGAAAAAGGAUUCCGGAAUGUUGAAGUACAUCAGACUUCAGGUGAUGAGCUUAUCACCUGCUCCAUUGUCUCUGUUAAUCAAAGCAGCACCAAUUCUGACUGAGGAGAUGUAUGGGGACAUCCAGCCGGCUGCCUGGGAGCUACUGCUUAGCAUGGAUGAGCACAUGGCAGGGGCAGCAGCUGCCAUGUUCCUGCUGUGUGCGGUGAAGGUCCCCGAGGCUGUGUCCGACAUGCUGAUGUCAGAGUUCCACCACCCAGAGACUGUGCAGAGGCUGAACGCCGUCCUCAAGUUCCACACCCUCUGGAGGUUUCGCUAUCAGGUCUGGCCCCGCAUGGAGGAGGGGGCACAACAGAUUUUUAAGAUCCCACCUCCCAGCAUCAACUUCACCCUGCCUUCACCAGUACUUGGAAUGCCAUCUGUUCCAAUGUUUGACCCACCCUGGGUCCCUCAGUGCAGCGGGAGUGUCCAGGACCCCAUUAAUGAAGAUCAGUCUAAAUCCUUUUCAGCCCGGGCUGUGUCUCGCUCCCAUCAGAGAGCAGAACACAUUUUAAAGAAUCUCCAGCAGGAAGAGGAAAAGAAACGUCUUGGCCGAGAAGCCAGUCUCAUCACCGCCAUCCCCAUCACCCAGGAGGCUUGCUAUGAGCCCACCUGUACACCCAACUCAGAGCCGGAAGAAGAAGUAGAAGAAGUCACCAAUCUGGCAUCCCGUCGAUUGUCUGUGAGUCCAUCCUGUACCUCCAGCACUUCCCACAGGAACUACUCGUUCCGCCGCGGGUCUGUGUGGUCAGUGCGCUCAGCUGUCAGUGCAGAAGAUGAAGAACACACCACAGAACACACACCAAACCACCAUGUGCCUCAGCCCCCACAAGCUGUGUUCCCAGCGUGCAUCUGUGCAGCAGUACUUCCUAUUGUUCAUCUAAUGGAAGAUGGUGAGGUGCGGGAAGAUGGAGUAGCAGUGAGUGCUGUGGCCCAGCAAGUCUUGUGGAAUUGUCUAAUUGAAGAUCCAUCAACAGUUCUUCGACAUUUUCUGGAAAAACUGACCAUCAGCAAUAGACAAGAUGAGUUGAUGUACAUGCUGCGCAAACUUCUCUUGAACAUUGGAGACUUUCCUGCCCAGACAUCUCACAUCCUAUUCAACUAUUUGGUGGGAUUAAUCAUGUACUUUGUGCGCACCCCCUGUGAAUGGGGAAUGGACGCCAUCUCAGCCACUCUGACUUUCCUGUGGGAGGUGGUAGGUUACGUGGAGGGCCUGUUCUUCAAGGAUCUCAAGCAGACGAUGAAGAAGGAACAGUGUGAAGUAAAGCUACUGGUGACCGCUUCGAUGCCAGGUACCAAAACCCUGGUAGUUCAUGGACAGAAUGAGUGUGAUAUCCCAACCCAGUUACCAGUCCACGAAGAUACUCAGUUUGAAGCCCUGUUGAAGGAGUGUCUGGAGUUUUUUAAUAUCCCAGAGUCCCAGUCAACACAUUAUUUUCUCAUGGAUAAACGAUGGAACCUUAUCCACUACAAUAAGACCUAUGUUCGAGACAUUUAUCCUUUCCGGAGGUCGGUGUCUCCACAGCUGAACCUUGUGCAUAUGCACCCGGAGAAGGGACAGGAACUCAUUCAGAAACAGGUAUUCACGCGGAAGCUGGAGGAAGUAGGGCGAGUGUUGUUUCUCAUCUCCUUGACCCAGAAGAUCCCCACGGCCCACAAACAGUCCCACGUAUCCAUGCUCCAGGAAGACCUCCUCCGGCUGCCCUCGUUCCCGCGAAGUGCUAUCGACGCCGAGUUUUCUCUCUUCAGUGACCCUCAAGCUGGGAAGGAAUUGUUUGGCCUUGACACUCUUCAGAAGAGCUUGUGGAUCCAGCUCCUGGAGGAGAUGUUCCUGGGCAUGCCAAGCGAGUUCCCAUGGGGAGAUGAAAUCAUGCUGUUCCUGAAUGUUUUUAAUGGGGCUCUGAUCCUCCACCCAGAAGACAGUGCACUGCUCAGGCAGUACGCUGCCACCGUCAUCAACACCGCGGUGCACUUCAACCACCUCUUCUCUCUCAGUGGCUACCAGUGGAUUCUUCCUACCAUGCUGCAGGUAUACUCUGACUAUGAAAGCAAUCCCCAGUUGCGUCAAGCCAUCGAAUUUGCUUGCCACCAGUUCUACAUUCUACACCGGAAGCCCUUUGUGCUCCAGCUGUUUGCUAGUGUGGCCCCUCUCCUGGAGUUUCCUGAUGCUGCCAAUAAUGGGCCCAGCAAAGGAGUGUCAGCUCAAUGCUUGUUUGACUUGCUACAGUCCCUGGAAGGGGAGACUACUGACAUACUUGACAUCUUAGAGCUGGUGAAAGCCGAGAAGCCUCUUAAGUCAUUAGAUUUCUGCUAUGGGAAUGAAGAUCUGACUUUCUCCAUCAGUGAAGCCAUUAAACUCUGUGUUACUGUGGUGGCAUAUGCCCCUGAAUCAUUCAGAAGUCUUCAAAUGCUGAUGGUCCUGGAAGCUUUAGUUCCAUGUUACCUACAAAAGCUAAAGAGGCAGACGUCACAGGUGGAGACAGUACCUGCUGCUCGAGAGGAGAUCGCUGCCACUGCUGCCCUUGCGACGUCCCUGCAGGCCCUGUUAUACAGUGUGGAGGUCCUCACCAGGCCCAUGACAGCCCCACAGAUGAGCAGGUGUGACCAAGGUCAUAAGGGAACUACCACAGCCAACCACACCAUGUCAUCUGGGGUGAAUACCAGGUACCAGGAACAAGGAGCCAAACUGCACUUUAUCAGAGAAAACCUUCAUUUGCUGGAGGAAGGGCAGGGCCUUCCCAGAGAGGAGCUGGAUGAACGAAUUGCUCGAGAAGAGUUCAGGAGACCCCGGGAGUCCCUGCUGAAUAUAUGCACAGAAUUCUAUAAGCACUGUGGGCCAAGGCUGAAGAUCUUACAGAACUUGGCUGGGGAGCCCCGGGUCACUGCCCUGGAGCUGCUGGAUGUGAAGUCCCACAUGAGGUUGGCAGAAAUUGCACACUCCCUUCUGAAGUUGGCACCGUACGACACCCAGACAAUGGAAAGCCGUGGGCUUCGGCGCUACAUCAUGGAGAUGCUACCCAUUACUGACUGGACAGCUGAGGCAGUGAGGCCCGCCCUCAUCCUCAUUUUAAAGAGAUUGGAUAGAAUGUUCAACAAAAUUCACAAGAUGCCCACUUUGAGGCGACAGGUUGAGUGGGAGCCUGCCAGCAAUUUGAUUGAAGGGGUUUGUUUGACACUUCAGAGGCAGCCAAUCAUAUCCUUCCUGCCUCACCUUAGGUCACUGAUCAAUGUCUGUGUCAAUCUGGUGAUGGGAGUGGUAGGACCUUCCAGUGUUGCUGAUGGAUUACCCCUUCUUCAUCUCAGCCCUUAUCUCUCACCACCUCUGCCCUUCAGCACAGCUGUUGUCCGGCUUGUAGCAUUGCAGAUACAGGCAUUAAAAGAAGAUUUCCCUUUAAGCCAUGUGAUCUCCCCAUUCACCAAUCAAGAGCGAAGGGAGGGGAUGCUUUUAAAUCUACUCAUCCCAUUUGUGCUCACAGUAGGAUCUGGAAGCAAAGAUAGCCCAUGGCUGGAGCAGCCGGAGGUACAGCUGCUACUACAGACGGUCAUUAACGUGCUUCUGCCACCUCGGAUCAUCAGCACCUCCAGGAGCAAGAACUUCAUGCUGGAGAGCUCCCCUGCCCACUGUUCCACCCCUGGGGAUGCAGGGAAAGACUUGCGUCGGGAAGGGCUGGCUGAGUCCACUAGCCAAGCAGCAUACUUGGCACUGAAGGUCAUUCUCGUCUGCUUCGAGAGGCAGCUGGGAAGCCAGUGGUACUGGCUGAGCCUCCAGGUGAAGGAGAUGGCUCUGCGGAAAGUGGGAGGCCUAGCCCUCUGGGACUUCCUGGACUUUAUUGUGCGGACCCGAAUACCCAUCUUCGUACUCUUGCGCCCUUUCAUCCAGUGUAAGCUUCUGGCCCAGCCAGCAGAGAAUCAUGAAGAGCUUUCUGCCCGGCAACAUAUUGCUGACCAGCUGGAGCGGCGCUUCAUCCCACGGCCUCUGUGUAAGAGCUCGCUCAUUGCUGAAUUCAAUAGUGAACUCAAAAUUCUAAAAGAGGCGGUCCACAGCGGCUCAGCAUACCAAGGGAAGACUUCCAUUAGUACCGUGGGCACUUCCACUUCCGCUUACCGCCUGAGCCUGGCCACCAUGUCCCGCUCUAACACAGGCACGGGCACUGUCUGGGAGCAGGACAGUGAACCAUCCCAGCAGGCUUCACAAGACACCCUGAGUCGGACUGACGAGGAGGACGAGGAAAAUGACUCCGUAAGCAUGCCCAGUGUGGUAAGUGAACAAGAAGCUUACCUCCUGAGCGCCAUUGGAAGGAGGCGGUUCUCCAGCCACGUCUCCAGCAUGUCUGCACCUCAGGCUGAGGUGGGCAUGUUACCAAGCCAGAGUGAACCUAAUGUCCUCGAUGACUCCCAGGGCCUGGCCGCCGAGGGCAGCCUCUCUAGGGUGGCAAGUGUACAGAGUGAACCUGGCCAGCAGAACCUCCUCAUUCAGCAGCCACUGGGGAGGAAAAGGGGACUGAGGCAGCUAAGACGUCCUCUGCUAUCACGUCAGAAGACUCAGACUGAACCCAAAAACCGCCAUGGGGCUCGGCUGUCAACCACUCGCAGAAGCAUUCAACCCAAAACAAAGCCAUCAGCAGAUCAGAAGCGAUCUGUGACCUUCAUUGAAACUCAGCCUGAAUCAGCAGCUACCCCAACAGACACACUUUCUGCCACAGGUCAACUGCAGGGUUGCAGCCCAGUCCCAGUGAGAAAACCAGAAGGCAUGGAUGAACCAGUCCUCACUUCUUCCCCUGCCAUAGUUGUUGCAGAUCUCCACGGCCUAUCUUCCAAGCAGAGUGAGACCCUCCCUGUGGAAGAAGGAGAAAAGAAGGAAGACCUAGAAGCCCAAAGUGCUGCAGCGCACAGCCCCCUCUCCACUCAACUCUCAGAUCCUGAUGACUUCCCAGGCCUCGAGACAUCCAGCCUCCUCCAACACGGAGACACUGUCCUUCACAUCAGCGAGGAAAAUGGCAUGGAGAACCCCCUGCUGUCCAGCCAGUUCACUUUUGUUCCUACUGAGCUGGGGGAGGCAGAGGUAGUCCUAGAUGAGUCACAUGUUUAA